UAUCAUCACUGCGCAGUGGUUCCCUUCAGGACAGCCCGAGUCUCCCUGCCCCCUGCUCUCAUCCCUCUCACUCCAGGCUGUCAUUUCACUUUCCUAAAAGACGUCCCUUUGCCCACGACGCUAAUGACGAGACUGUCCCUCUCUGUCCUGAAGCAAUAGCUAGAACUUUCCCUCCUUCCUGCCACCUAGCAUCCAGCUGAACCUUGAAUCUGUACCAGUAAAAUGGGUGUGAACGGAAGGAGGCUGCUAAUUAUUUGCCAUUAUUUACCUCUGAGUCUGUGCAUUCCCAUUCCUUCCCAUAUUAAUUCUCUUCCCGCAAUCCCCCCUCCCCUUCUCUGUCCUUGGGAACUGGUUCAACCAGAGUACAACCAGCUCAUCUGCAUCUGGCCCUAGAGAAGAACCUGCGGGAGCCAGAGGCGGAGGAAGAGAGAAGGCGGCACGGUGGCUGCAGCGUUGCUGCGGCGAGCGCACACCCCGCGUGGCCCGCACCGCGUAGCCCGAGAGGCCCAUGCCCAGCCCGCGCCGCUCCGGGCUCCCCCAUGAGGCCUCUGCCGAGCGUGGGGAGGAAGACCCGAGGCAUCUCCCUAGGACUCUUGGCCCUCUGCCUGGCCGCAGCCCGCUGUCUGCAGAGUCAGGGCGUGUCCCUGUACAUUCCACAGGCCACCAUCAAUGCCACCGUCGAAGAAGACAUCCUGCUCUCAGUUGAGUACUCCUGUCAUGGGGUGCCCACCAUCGAAUGGACGUAUUCGUCCAACUGGGGAAUGCAGAAGAUCGUGGAGUGGAAACCAGGGACUCAGGCCAACAUCUCCCAAAGCCACAAGGACAGAGUCUGCACCUUUGACAACGGCUCCAUCCAGCUCUUCAGUGUGGGAGUGAGGGAUUCUGGCUACUAUGUCAUCACUGUGACGGAGCGCUUGGGGAGCAGCCAGUUAGGCACCAUCGUGCUGCACGUCUCUGAGAUCCUCUAUGAAGACCUGCACUUUGUCGCUGUCUUCCUUGCUUUUCUCAUUGCUGUGGCCGCAGUAUUAAUCAGCCUCAUGUGGGUUUGUAAUAAGUGUGCGUAUAAAUUUCAGAGGAAGAGAAGACACAAACUCAAAGAAAGCGCAACUGAGGAGAUUGAACUGCAAGACGUUGAGUGUUAGUUAGCCAAGGUUGGACCCAACUGCAUUCCUACCUCAAAAGGAAACCAUUCUCCAACAAAAAGAGCAAGCACAGCUCUAUACCCAUUGUGUGUGGUCCUGUUGCAGCCCGUCCUGACAGGACAGCAGGAAGUUAACAUUGACUGCAUGGAGUUGAGGACUGUGGAUGGGACAAUGCCAGUUUUAGGAUUCAUGCUAAAGUCAAGGAGAAGACUGAAGCUUUGAACCAGGGGCUUUGCUUUGCUUGGCUGCAGCAUCAAGGCGAUGCUUACCCAUAACCAAUGGCAGAGUACAGGUAUUGGCUACUUCCUCACAACACUCACUCUGGCAGACAGGAUGGCCUGUUGUCAGAGUCCCUGUAUCAGAGGCCAGAGCAUCUUCAGAUGGAUGUGCAGCCGGCAUUAGAACAUGCUCUCUGUGCUCCUGUCUGCUCUGCAACGACUGUGCCCACCAGGCCCCCAUCUGGUAUCCUACAAGCACUACUGUGGGAGCUAUUGUGAGAAAACCUGAGACUUUUAGACCAUCUGCUGCCUCAGAGCAGAGGUGGAGACGGGGUGGGGAUUGGUGCUGUUGUGCUGCAGUGAGUUGCUUGGAGGUAAGGCCCUAUGGCUGGGAGCUUUACGGGAGAGGAGUUCAACACCCUCCUCAGAAGCCAGCUUUGGAAUACAAGGAAUGGAGAGAAAACUCUUUCUCUUCCUCCCUCAUUCCAACGUUAAUUGGAUUUUCCCUCCUAUGGCUCAAACUUAGGCCACUGUGAGUAAAACAAGAGCUCAUCUCUGCUAUGGGCAGCACCUGGCCUCCUGACGAGCUAGAUGCCACCCGCGUGGCUUGAGGAACGCUGUGCAACGCUGAGCUUGCACAGUGGGUGAUGCAGCUGGAAAAUCAGUCAUUUCGGGUUUUGGAUCUGUCCACCUCAGUCACUAACACUUCACAUCCCAAGUCAGGCCCUUGCCUUCUCCUACCUGGGCUGAGGAAUGCUUGGCCCUCACCUACCUCAUAGGUAUUAAGAGAAGCCCACUGUAUGCACAGAGUUCUCUGAGCAACUUAUGAAAAGCAUGAGGAUUCUUCAAGGAUCUGGAAAGCCAUACUGGAAAAUGCUAUUCUAUCUGAGUAUUAGAAGUUGAUAAAAUCCCCUGAGCUCUUGGGGCUCCAGGUGAGACUGGGGACUGGAGACCACCACUAGCCUUGGCCAUUAUUCUUUCAGGUUGUUGGUCACCAUGUUCACCUGUAAGUUUCUCCAUCCCAACUUCCAUUUGACAAGCUCUAAGAGCAGGCAUGGAUUUAUUUUCCAUUAUUUUAUCUCUCCAAUAUUCAUAGCUACGGACCAAGUGUACCACCUGAUGAUGAUGAUGUGUUCCCAGUCCUCAGCUGCAAAUUCACCCAUGCAAAGAUGAAGAAGUGCUAGAACACUCCUUUCUCUUCUCCCUCCUUUCAGGUCUCCAAUGUCCAUAUCUUCUCUAUUUCCUGUGUGGCAGAGAAGGAGUUGCUUGGAUAAGUGACAGCCCUUUCCCUCAAUAUUGAAUCUAGAGUUAUGGGAAGGAUCUCUCGAAAUAUUCAGACAGGAAUUGUCAGUAUCUAAAGAAGGGCUCCCAAGGCACUGCUUAAUUCAAAAGGCGAGAGCAGUUGGUCUGUACAACUGAUGUGUAGCUCUAGCACCUGAAGGGUAUAAGAUACCCUCAAGGCCCCUCCUGUAGCCACAC